AUGAGCGAGACAAAUGCACAGUCACAUUCCACAGCAGCUUCAGGGUUCCUUGAAGAGGAAGUGGUUGUAAAUGUACCUCCUGGACACAAUAAGAUGUCUAAUGGUAUAUCUGAACAUUCUUUUCUUGAUUUUAAGAAGUUGAGAGCAAAUGAGAGGAUACCAUUGGGACAGAAUAUUUUUCAUACUAUUGACGGUCUACCACAAACUGGUCCUGCAGCCAUGUCCGUUGAUCAAGGAUUACACCCAAAGAAUAACAAUCCAAUAAACAAUAGUAAUUGUGAUGCCAAUGACUUGUUUAAUUAUUUAAAAGAUAUCAAGAAGGAGCCUGGUGAAAAUAUGUCAUGUAGUAAUCACUUAGAUGGUCCACAAUCUUAUGAGAACAUGGUCAAAUAUGUGGAUGAUUUUGGUGAGCAACUCAUGGACCCUGAUCUUCAAGAACUGUUUAAUGAACUCACUUACAUCUCAGUUCCACCCAUGACUGAUUCUGAAUUGCAAAACAUGAUAAAUAUAACAAUAAAACAAGAUGACUCUUUCAACAUAGACAUUUGUCAACAAAACCAGAGGAAUAUGUCUACAUCUUUAUCCAUGGAUAAAAUAGUCAUUAAAAGUGAAUAUCCACAAAGCAUCAAUUCUACACGUGUUGGUUCUCCACUUAUGAGACCUUCUUCUACAGGACCACCUUAUUCAAUGUCUAAUGGCCUUUCAUCUAAUACUACAAUAUACCAGUCUCAAACGCAGGUCUCUUCUGGUGUAAAUAGAACUUUGAGCAGUUGGCAGGAACUGUCUCAUGCCCAACAGUUAAAACAAAUUGCAGCUAACAGACAACACCAUUCAUUACGUUUGCAGCAACAACAGAUACAGUCUUCUAGUUGGCCCAAUAUGUCACCUACAAGGCCUUUAACAGGACCAUUUGGUCAUGAGAAAGUUCCAAGCCCUUUUAGGCAGCGAGCAAUUAAGUCCUCACAGUACAACUGGACCUGUAAAUGGAAGUCAACCAAAAGUAACUACAGCAACAAGCCUCAGCAACUGUUCAACAACAGCAUGAACCAGCACAACAGAGCAAUCAUUAUCCAGCCAGCCACUACAAAGACAAGCAGCAUUUCAGCAAAAGAUUAUUGGUCAGAAAAUGCAACAAAUUUCAGCGACUCUCAUUAUCCUGCAGUACAACCAGCAACAGGGCCUCACGGGUUUGCUGUGCAAUCACAGCUCACCCGAUUGUGGCAUAGAACUGAAUGUAGCGCACUCCCAGCUUUACACAGCACGAAAGAGCACUACAUUCAGGAAUGGAAAGGCCUUAUUAGUAAUAACCUGCCUCUCCCAUGUGUUAGGAAGUUACCCAUCAAUGGUUUAGGCUUUAGAGGGUUUCCUGUAGGGCAGUGGAAAGAGCAGCACUCUACUGCAAAUCAAGUAACUUCCAACAACACAAAUCGCAGCUCUUGCACAAGUCCGAGCACUGGAAGCAGUUAUGGCUCUCAACAGUCCUUGUUAAAUCAGCAACUGAUGGAGAAAACAAAUAUAAUGCAGAGGCAGAUGAUAGAACACAAGCAGCAGCUAGCUUUACAGCAGCAGAUGUUGGCAGCAACGGAGAAAAGCAACACUCAGGAUCAACUCAGCAGACAUUUGACAAGACCACCACCCGAUUACAAGGACCAGAGAAGAAGCACAGUCAGCCUGCAGCAAUCAAGUCAAUAUAGCAGUGGUUUGCCAACUGUAGGUGUGAGCUCCAACCCACCUAUUUCAAAUUCUGUCUCGCCACAUAAUUCAGUCAAUUCGCCAUCAAACCUUGCUUCUAGAAUGGCUUCACUUCAGGGAGCUCAAAACGUAUAUGGUAAUAUUCCUUGCCCUCAACAAGCAAUGUAUAAUGUGAAUCCCGAUGUGAACCAAAUGCAGCAAACCAGUCCAAAUCAAAAUGGAGCAGCUCAGAAUAAUAACAUUUUACCAUGCCAAUCAAAUGUUGCACAUGGAAAAAAUCGGCCAACUUUUUCGUCAGGAUCUGGAAUGAAUCCUCCACCAUUCAGACCUAAUGCAAGCCAGGGAUUAAAUAUGUCAGGUCAAAGACCAUCAAACAUUGUAAUGAACUCUCCUUCUCCACAAAACUGGGUUCCACCAGAUGCGAAAAAGCAUGAUACAAUUUGUUUCCCCAACAAUAAUCAAUUUUCUAAUGCAUCUUUUCAGGGUAUGCUGAGUAACCAGCAUUUUUCUCAACGUGCUCCUUCCAGUCAACUAUCACAAGGUGAACAAAUAAAAACUGUAUCUCAAAUGAGCCAGUCAACAAGUGGGAAGACAAUGGAAUCAAUAAGAUCCUUCAACAUUGGACAGACUCAAAUGAGACCACCAGUUUUGCCUAACCAAGCUGGUGGCUCCAUGACCCCAAAUACAUUUACAUCUUCCAAUCAGGUUUCUCCAACUUUUUCAGGUACCGAUACUAAUAAUGAUUUGGGUUCCUUUGAUUUCCUUUCACAAAAUAACGGAUUAGGGUCAGCCCUUAGCGGUGACUCUGAUUUUAUUGAUGCAUUACUCAAAACGGGUAAUAAUAAUGAUGAUUGGAUGAAAGACAUCAACUUAGAUGAAAUUUUCAGAAACCAUUCCUGAAAUCUGAUUGGGAAGAUGUAUCUAAGUUUCUGGAAUAAUGAAGUACUAAAUGCCUUCUUCAAAACUAUAUCAUUACCAUGCAUUAUCAGACUAAUUCUUUUUUUUAUUUACACCAAUGCUAUUUAAGGUAUUUUACCUUGCACAUUUUCAAUAUGGGUUUUUUAUUUACUCAGUAAUGACAAAUAGCUAAGUAGUACAGUUUGUUUGUCCUGUAAGCUUUUACUGCAAGAUCCAACAGAACUAUACGCACCCUUUCUGAAUACAAAAAAAGGAAAAGAAAUUAGAAAUGUUUUCUAAAUUUUCUGAUAAGAAGGCAAGACAAACAGUAUCUAAAGAAAUGCAAAAUGUAUUAAUUUUACUUGGCCCGUAGCAGUGCAUUUUGGAAUAUAAUUUAUUUAUUGUGUAUAUUGAUAUGUAUAAUGAGACUUGCAGUAUCAGUAAGGGAGGUAAACAAGAAGGCUCCUGGGUAUAGCUGUAGUUUUCUCACAGUUCAGUGAAGUAGGUAUAAAUCCUUUUAAAGGACACAAAAGUAUUUUUUCUUCAUUUGGUGCAUCACAAAUGCAUAAUGUUUUUUUGUUUGUUUACGUAAAUAGGUUGUUCUUUUACAAGAUUUUUUUCUGCUUUUGAGGUAUGUCGCUAUGUCUACCAAUAAAGCAUUAGGAGAACUGCAAAGCAGCCAUUGAGCAAUCAAGCCAUCAUGUGGCCAAGUUACUGCCCUUUUUAACCUCAAAAUCAAAAUAAAAAGCUUUAACUUAAACCUUUUCAUGCAAUAAUAUUCUAACAUUUAAAUAAUCCUUUUAAUAUGCUUGGUAUGUUUUGUGUUUACAGUUCUCUGUCCCUAUAAUUCUAUGUGGCUCACAGAUCGAUAUUACUGUGCUUGCUAAGUUGUUUUAAAAGUUAAAGGACCAGUAAACACAGUAGAUUCGCAUAAUCAAGAAAUGCAAGAUAACAAGACAAUGCAAUAGCAUUUACUCUGAAUUUCAAAUAAGUAGUAGAUUUUUUUCUAACAAAUUUCAAAGUUAUGUAUAUUUCCACUCCCCUUGUACCAUGUGAUAGCAAUCAGCCAAUCACAAAUGCAUAUACUUAUAGUCUGUGAAUUCUUGCACAUGCUCAGUAGGAGCUGGUGACUCAAAAAGUGUAAAUAUAAAAGAAUGUGCAUAUUAUUUUAAAUGGAAGUAAAUUGGAAAGUUGUUUAAAAUGACAUGCUGUAUCUGAAUCAUGAAAAUUUUAUUUGACCUGAGUGUCCCUUUAAGACCAGCUGUCUUGUAGGGUUGCCAGGUGUCCGGUAUUCAGCAGCACAGUCCAGUGUUUUAGCAGGCUGUACAGUAAAAUCUUCACUUAAAAGGACAGUAUUCACCAAAAGUGUUAUUGUUUGAAAAUAUAGAUAAUGCCUUUACUACCCAUUCCCCACCUUUACACAAUCAACAUUGUUAUAUUAAUAUAUUUUAUAACAUUUAAACCUCUAAAUUUCUGCCGGUUUCUAGGCCACUAUAAACUGACUCUUAUCUCAUGCAUUUUUAUUAGCUUUUCACAACAAGACACUGCUAAUUCAUGUAUGCCAUAUAGAUAACAUUGUGUUCACUCAUGUAGAGUUGUACAUGACUCAGCACUAAUUGGCUAAAAUGCAAGUUAAUAGAAGAUAAAUAAAUAGCCUUGAGAUAAGGGGCUGUCUGCAGAGGCUUAGGUACAAGGUAAUCACAGAGGUAAAAAAGUAUAUUAAUAUAACCGUGUUAGCUGUGCAAAACUAUGGAAUGGGUAAUAAAGGGAUUAUUUAUCUUUUUAAACAAUAAAACUUUGCAGUUGACUGUCCCUUUAAAUGUCCAGUAUUUUAAAGUCUCUGAGUGUUGGUUAAAUCUAAAAGGUCUCCUAUAUCUCAAAGCAUUACAACUAUGGGACAGAAAGAAGUGUGGCGCAAUCAAGGGGCCAAAUCACUUCUGUUUACGUGCGUUACUGUCAGCCAAAGAGGUCAAAUUCAAUUUUCAAAGACAGAAUAAAAAAAACAUAAAGGGUACUUUAUGAUUUAAAGAAACAUGUCUUCUCAAUACAUACACCUACGCAGUAAAGCAAUUUAGGCAUUUCAAUAUACUCAAAAAUAAAUAUUUAUUGUCAAAAUACAAUAAUUAUAAUUCAAUAUUUAGUCUCAUUCCCCCAACAUUAAAGGGACAGUCUACACCAGAAUUGUUAUUGUUUUAAAAGAUAGAUAAUCCCUUUAUUACCCAUUUCCCAGUUUUGCAUAACCAACACAGUUAUAAUAAUAUACUUUUAACCUCUGUGAUUAUCUUGUAUCUAAGCCUCUGCAAACUGCCCCUUUUUUCAGUUCUUUUGACUGACUUGCAGUCUAGCCAAUCAGUGCCUGCUCCUAGAUAACAUCUCGUGCACAAGCACAGUGUUAUCUAUAUGAAAUACGUGAACUAACACCCUCUAGUGGUGAAAAACUGUUAAAAUGCAAUCUGAAAGAAGUGGGCUUCAAGGUCUAAGAAAUUAGCAUAUGUACCUCCUAGGUUAAGCUUUCAACUAUGAAUACCAAGAGAACAAAGCUAAAUUGGUGAUAAAAGUAAAUUGGAAAAUUGUUUAAAAUUACAUGCUCUAUCUGAAUCAUGAAAGUUUAUUUUGGCCUAGACUGUCCCUUUAAGCCUACCUUCAAGAAAGAGAAUUGUGCAGUCCUAAUUAUUAGGGGAUAACAGAAAUCCCUCCCAAAUGAACCGUAAAGAAUAAAAUUGGUCUAUACAAUUAGUUUGCUGAAAGUGAUACUUUUCUAGGGAUAUCAUUAAAUAAGCAAUUGCUUAAUCAGUGUAAACGCUCAUUUCUAUCCAUCCAUAACUACUCACAGAAAUAACAUAAACUAUAUCCAAGAGGUUUUUUUAAGGAGUAGGUCCUUAGACUGUAAAACAAGGCAAUAUGACACUAAGGGCUAGAUUACUAAUGGAGCGCUAACAGUUGUGCGUAAGCGAAAAGAGGUUUAUCACAGUUGUUUGCACAAGUCACUUUUUCCUUCACAUUAGUAUUUUGCUAAAGCCCCUGUCUUCUCACUUUGCUUUUUUAUCUGGGUUUAUUUUCCCGAUUCCUUUACACUAUGGUCCCCCUAUAUGUUCCUCCUUGCCCUCAUUUUGUUAAAUAAUGAAACCCCUCCUAUAUAUACAGUAUGAUGCAUCUGUGAGUGCUGUCCCAUAUCAGUCUUGUAGAAAUUUGAUGAACCCUUCCCUGGUUUCAAGAUUACCUGUUUAUACUUGUUAUACCAACUGUAUUGGAAUAUCCUUUAUUCAUAAUUAUAAUACAACUUAAAGGGACACUGAACCCAAAUUUUUUCUUUUGUGAUUCAGAUAGAGCAUAACAUUUUACUUUCUAAUUUACUCCUAUUAUCAAAUGUUCUUUAUUCACUUUGUAUCUUUAUUUGAAAUGCAAGAAUGUAAGUUUAGAUGCCGGCCCAUUUUUGGUGAACAACCUGGGUUGUCCUUGCUGAUUGGUGUUCAAAUUCAUCUAUCAAUAAAAAAGUGCUGUCCAGAGUCCUGAACCAAGAAAAAAAGUUUAUAGGCCUUCUUUUUCAAAUAAAGAUAGCAAGAGAACGAAGAAAAAUUGAUAAUAGGAGUAAAUUAGAAAGUUGCUUACAAUUGCAUGCUCUAUCUGAAUCACAAAAGAAAAACAUUGGGUUCAGUGUCCCUUUAAUAAUAAUCCAUUUACAUGAUUUAAUUCAAUAACAAAUAUAGUGCUUUUUGGUUGCAAUAUAAUUAUUCCUGAACUUGGUGUAUAUUAUACUAUAAGAAUAUUUAAAUUGCAUAGGCUUUUUCGUGCGGUGUCCAAGUUUCAGCCAGUUCCAAGCCAUUGGAAAACCUGCAUAUUGUAUAUUUUUUUGAGUAGCUGCAUACUAAGUAACCUUCACUAAUAUUUUGCAUUGAUAGAAUUUAAGAGCGUUAUUCCAGUCCAUCAUAAAACAGAUUUUUAGCAGCAACGUUUUUGGACUGAUUUAUUUUAACAGUCUUGAGCCUUUGAAAACUCACAGAAGUCAAAGUGAAAUGUUAUGAUUCAGAUAGUGCCUACAAUUUAAAAAUAAAUCCAUUUCAAAUUGAUCAUUUUCUCUUGGUAUCCUUUGUUGAAGCUAUUGUGCAUACCUUAGUAUGCUUUCAUGGAAAAGUGCUAUAUUUCAACUAAAGAUACCAAGAAAAACAGAUACAUUUGAUAACAUAAGUAGAUUACAAAGAUUUUGUUAUGACUAUCCUAUCUGAAUCACCAUUUACUAAUAAAAUACACUAGCAAAUUAGAGUGUUUUAUUACACUCACCACUUAAACAUAACAAUUAACACCAAAAGCCACCUGCUUUACACUCAUUUCACUAUUACAUUGUAUAGCAUUAAAGGGACAUUAAACACUUUGAGGUGGUAAUAUAAAAUGAUAAAUCAUAUGUAUAAAAAAACUCUGCAAUAUACUUUCAUUAUUUAUUUUGUCCACUUUUCCUGUAAUUCCAUUCUAAAAUUGUGAGUUUUUCAGUUCUUGUUAGAAAUGGAAGCGCAGGACACUGUUAUAUGUCACACAGCCACUCUAGUUAUUUAUAACUGUCCCUAAUUGGCCACAGUGGAGACGGUAACCUAAUUAACAACAUGGCAACUCCAAUUGUUUUAUAGACACUAAAACUUUACACUUAAUUUGUCAAUAUAUAAACAGCUAAUAAAACACAUCUCAGACUAAUCUUUUCUUUAAAUGCAUCAUUCUAUCUAGCAUUUAUUUAGUGUUUAAUGUCUCUUUAAAGGGACAGUAAAGUAAAAAUUUUACUUUUGUGAUUCAGAUAGGACAUGCUGUUUUAACCAACUUUCCAAUUCGCUUCUCUUUAUAAAUUUGCUUCAUUCUUUGUUUAAGAGUAUACCUAGGUAUGCUCAGAAGCAGAAAUUCAUUACUGGAAGCUAACUGGUGAUUGGUGGCUUCACUUAUAUGCUUUUCUUCAUUGGCUCAUGCAUUGCUUCUCUGGAGCUGAUUUUUCAAUAAAGGAUACAGAGAGGACAAAGCUAAUUUAAUUAUAGAACAUGCUAUUUUUAAGAGUUUUCCAAUGUACUUUUAUCUGAAUCAUGAAAGUUAAAUUUUGACUUUACAGUAAAUUUAAGCACAAAGCACUGCCAUCUGGUGAUUUCUGUGAAUUACAGCUGCUAUUAAAUAUUUAGGCUUAUUUUUGCUGGCCAAAAUUAAUUCAUCUACAAUAAUGCUUGUGUCUGGCAAAGCCUCUUUGUUAGAAUUCUGAAUCUAUUUCAUUUUAUUCAUUCGUUUUUAAUAAUAAUUAUUAAAUGAAUAUUGUUCGUUAAAUUGCGUAUGAUAAAACAUCUGUCAUUGUCAUCAGCUUGAGUAGUCAUUGACAUUAAUAUUACAACCCUAAAAUAAGGUAGAACAGAUAAUUGAUGUAUAUAUUUCUUGCACAUGUUUUAUUAUUAUUAUUUUUUAUUAUUAUUAUUUUUUAUUAUUAUUUUUUUUGGGGGGGGUGCCUUCUCCCUUAUUUCUAAAUGUUAAAAGCUUUUGUUUUGCAAACUUUUUGUAAUUUUUUUUUUGUUAAAAUAGUAUUUAUAAGUAUGUUAUCAAACAUAAGUUAUAUAUACACUUAUUGGUUCACCUUUCAUAUGCAAAAGAAAUUAUAUCAUAUUUAGAAGCCAUGUAAAUUUAGUUCUGUUUUUAGAUCUUAAGGUCCUAAAUUUUUUUUUUUUUUUUUUGCAUCUUUGUAUUUCAGAAAACAUACUUGUUUUUGAUAUGUUAUUUGCAAGUGCCAAGUUAGUUUUUUCAACAAUAAUACACUAUUGUAUCAAUAACAUUUAAACCUCUUACUUUAUUUUUUUACAUUUUCUAUGUUUGUAAAUACUGUUCUUACAAAAAAAAAGUAUUGAACCCUUUGAUAUUAACACAAAUACCUUUAAUACACAUAUAAUACAAAAUUAUUCAUUGUUAAGCCUUAAUUAUACUUUCCUAUUUUAAUUACUAUUUAUUCAUAUGUUUCAUAAAAAAAAUAAAACUGUAUUUGACAGACA